AUGCUUGAGGAAAUUUAUUAGGAUUAAAAUAGACUCAAAAUUUCAAUUGAAGAAGCCAAUAAAUUUAUUGAAGAAACAGAUAGACAAUAUUUGGAUGAACAUUAUUAAUAAAUAUAUGAAUUAAGCGAUUAAUUAAAAGAUUUAUUAGAUAAAUUCAAAUAUUAAUCUCAACAUUAAAAAUAUAAGGAUAAAAUAAAUGAAAUAAUUUAUGAUAUAAAAAAGGAUUUUGGUUAGUUAGAAUUUCUUGCAUAAUUGAUAUAUUAAAAAACAUUGGCAGGAUAUUAAGAAUACAAAACAAAAUAUAUUUAGAUUUAGUAAUUUUUAAAGAAUUACUAAAAAUAGCAAUAAUAAUUACAUCAAUAAAUUUACAAUGAUUAAUACUUUGAAUAAAUAAAUGAAGAAAGAUUAAAAAAAUUAAUAAUAACAUAAGACAAAUUCGAUUAAUUUAAAAAUUAAAUGAAUCGAUUAAAAGAUUAGUUAACAAAUAUGAUCAAUAAUUAAAAUAACAAUAAUGAAUAAA